CCGAUUACUACGUACUCUCCCGUACAUCUCUUGGUCUCACUCCCCUCCUCUUCCUUUUUCUUCUUCCCUCCCCCUUUCUUCCUCUUUUCUCUUCAACCUUUCAAGCUUCAAACAUCGCUCCAUCUCCAUUCCUCUUCCUCCUCCACCCCCUCCCCCCUCCAGCCUGAUCUUCUUCUAAGGCCCCCUGGACACGGCGUCCAGUUGUGCUCGCUAUCUUUCUCGUGUCUAAUUUUCCCCUUUUCUCCUAUUGGCUUGGAGUUGUGCUGUCCUGCGACUGGGAUUUCUUAUAUUUUUCACCGGCCAACCCCCUUUUUGUGACCGUGUCGCAGGUCUCGACGCUGCCAGCCUCUCGUUGACAGACCUUUCGGUAACUCAGAGUUCUUUUCUUGACUCGGUUGCCAAUUCCACUCUUUUGCUCCAUUUCCGUCGAUUUUCUCGGUUCCUUGCGGUAACGGCUGUGCGAUUACGGACACCUUUUCCUCCCGGUAACAACGAACGACGACUAUUUUUUUUCAGAUACUUAUCACCACUUAAUAUUCUAUUAUCUCCUACGUGGAAGAAAGAAAACGGAAAUCUCUUUUGAUGUUGAAACACGGGACCCUUAAUACACCCACCAAAAUGCCGAUGUUUCGCCUCAAGACUAUCUUCCCCCUCGUGGCCCUCUUUUCGAUAGGGUUCUUUUUCUGGGCCAUCGAACGCUUCGAUCGGGCGGCUUUCAUGCGCUUUAAGCACCCGAUUGAUCGCGUCUCUAACUCCGGUGCCUCCCAGAUCCAGCUGCAGUCUCCGCCUCAGCCUGUGCAGUGUGACGCGGAUCCCGGUGCUGUGGCUCCCCUGCCUUUCACGGAAUGGCUCCCUCGCAAGAACUACACUCGUGCCUACUUCCGCCCUCGUCAUGUUGACGCUGACGCCGAAUUCAACUCCCUCGAGGACAUCGACGUCCCCGUCCUCCCUCCGAUGACUGUUCUCGAGCGUGGCAUGGUCAUCUCGCCGGAGAACAAGCAGAACUUGGAAUCGACCUGCCCUCCGAUCAUCGACGUCGAUGUGGCUGCGGAUGACGAUGUGGAAGAAACGGACAAGAUCCUGCUCGGUCUGGCCACCACCGCCGAUCGUCUCGAUCGCUUGCUUCCUUCGCUCCUCUACUCGUACGGAAACACCAAGGCCAGCAUCGUCGUUCUGGUUCCUAUGUCGGAUGACGAUAUCCCCAAGCAGGAGACUUACUUCCGCAACCGUGGAUUGGAUGUCACUCUGAUCCAGUCUCCUCUCGACUUCACUGCCCGUUACUUCGGCAUGGUGGAAGCGUUCGCUAACCACAUCCGCACCAAGCGCCCUCAGACCCAGUGGCUCGGCUUCAUGGACGAUGACACUUUCUUCCUGUCCCUCCCCACCAUUGCCAAGGAACUCAAGCUCUUCGAUGUUAACAAGAAGCACUACAUCGGAGCCCUGUCCGAAGCCAGCUGGCAGGUUGACACUUUCGGCCACAUCGCUUUCGGUGGUGCCGGUGUCUUCGUCUCGAAGCCUCUCCUCGACGUCCUGGAGCAGUACUACGAUGAAUGCCAGGCCUGGGGUGAACAGCCCGGUGAUCAGAAACUUGGCCAGUGUAUCCAGCGAUUCGGUGACACGGAUCUGACUCUCUGGCCUUCUCUAUACCAGAUGGAUAUGAAGGGUGAGGUCGACGGUGUCUAUGAGUCGGGCCGCAAGAUCGAGUCCCUGCACCACUGGAACAGUUGGUACUCUAAGGACGUUGUGAAGAUGACCACCGUGGCAGCCGCCGCCGGCCGCAAGUCCGUCCUUCGUCGCUGGGUCUUUGACCAGGAGGAAUUCAUCAACAACUCGACCGGACGCUCCACCCGCACUUUCUGGGUCUUCACCAAUGGAUACUCGCUCGUCAAGUACACCUAUGAUGAGAACACCCCCGACGAUGCCAUCAACUUCGACCACGCCGAGAAGACGUGGGAGGAGGACCCCCGCGGUUAUGAGAGCCGUCUCGGACCUCUCCGUCUUCGCGAUCAGGAGGGUAUCCUCAAGGACCGCUGGUUGCUGAGAGAAGCCUUCGUGGUCGGUGACAAUGUCCACCAGUGGUACGUUCGCGAGGAAGAUGAAGGCCACAGCGUCAUCGAGAUUGUCUGGCUCGGACCCAAGGGCGGUGGUGGUGCCGGUGUUCGGGAUUACGCUGCUCGUCCCACCCGGAUGCACUAAAUCAGCUUUCGAAAAAUGUAUGGACGGGAAAUGAGAAAAACCACACACCCAACCGAUGCUGAGGCUGGCCCUUGGGAUCUGUGAAUUGCUUUUUACUAUUAUAUUUCUUUUGCUUUCGAUUCUUGCACAUUAUUUACAUUCCUUUCUAUUCUUUUCUUCAAGUUUUAUCUUCACCUAUACCAACCAAGCCUCGAUUUUUCCCCGUCUUUGUUUCGGGGACAGAGAACUGCCAGUAUCAACAGAUGAAAAGAAGAAAAGAAUGUGUCGUGCAUGGACGGAUUCUUUGGUUUAUCUUCGACUGUGGAAAAACCUUCGAUCCAUAUAUUUGAAUUGUUCAUUUGCCGGCGUUGAAUUGGCGGAGUCUAUGAACGGCGCAGUCGAAGAUCGGCAAACGGUGGUUUCCAGGAGCAUCAGUUAACCCGGUGCUCUCCACGAACUUCACUCACGAGUCGUCAAUUUCUUUUCCUUUUUCUUAUUUUUUUUUCUUUCUUUUUCUUUUCCACUUGCUCCUAUAUCUCCCGUGUUUGCUCUACGCGGCGAGACUUUGCUUGCGAUGCAUUUGUAAAAAUAGAAUUCCCGGCCUGGUGCUCAGGUCCGUCUGUCUUGCUUUUGGAGAUUAGCGCAUUUGCCAUUAUGCCAGAAAUAUUAUGAAGUUAAGUCCUAGAUCUAGAUUCUUAAUCUAUUCUCGUUUGAUUUAAUUUGCGAUCACGCCAUGUGAUAGUGCCAUUGCCAUUAUGGGGAUGAAUCCGAUGGUGUCGUUGGCACGGAUGGUGUACGCGGUCGGCUCCACGGAGCGGACGGGAAACUAGAACUUCUGACUCGAUGUUUCGGAUUCCCGUUUCAUAUUGACAGCUUUGUUCUCGUUUAAUCCUGUUUCUUAAUCUUAACUGUUCUGCCUAGCCUUGGUCGACUCGAUUCAUUCAAUUGAUUGUUGACUUGGGAAUUUGGCUGUUAGUGUUGAGUUGAGAAUUGUCCAGGAUGUCUGUCCUCCAUCGGAAGGCGUUCGGCCGUUCUUCAAGAAAUGGCAAUGUUAAAUCAUCCCUUCUCGUUCCUUUUGACUUUCUCUCUUCCUUGCCUGCGCGUCGUUAGUUAUUACUGUAGAUGGCUUGUGUACUCGGGUUAUGGGUGAGAUGAUCUAUGACUUCAUGGUUAUGUAUGUGUAAACGUUAUCCUGGUUGAGUUUGUUUUCCUUGUUGGGUGGUUCCUACUU